AUGUUCGGUUCAAGCCCUCAAUUCAUGACAUGUCCACAUUGCAAUGCAACAAUGUCAACAAAUGUUGAGAAAGAAGUUCCGACUUCAGUACAUGUUGCUGCUUGUCUGCUGUGCAUUGUCUUCUUCCCAUUAGCUUGGCUUCCGUACUAUAAGAAUGAAAGGAAAGCUAAUCAUUAUUGCUCAGAAUGUAAUGCUCAACUUGGAGCUACUGUGCCGCCUGACACAUUGUGCUAUUCCCAUAACGAUCCGUCCUGCUGCAUACCAAUAUUCGAUUGCUGUAGCUGUAAUUGUGGACCUAAUCAUGACUACAAUGAGACUGAUGCAGUUCCUCAACGUGUUGUUAGCCAUAAUGAUAGUGAACCUAGUGGAUGUUUUCCAUGUGUUGAUUGUGGUGACUGUGGAGGAUGUGAUUAUGAAUGUGGGGACUGUGGUGGAUGUGAAUGUGGAGAUUGUGGUGGAUGUGAUUGUGAUUUAUAA